AUGACGACACUCUUCGCAAUCGUCAAAAUUACUCUCAUUAUCUUCUCAGCGAUUCUCUUUGAUCGUUGCUACGUACCGCCUAUCGGGAACCCCGAAAUUUCUCUGCCUCCCCCUCUCAAGUCAUCAUUUUUCGUCAAGCGGGAAUGGUUCCUCAACUGCAUCGUAGUCUAUUACUUUCCGGUUCAAAGGAUGGCAUAUCUGGCAAUCACCCUAUACGAACUCAAAUUCAUCAUAACUCAGUUGCACACCUCCCCUGACCUACUCUCCAAUUCCACACACACAAUUUCAACUUCAUUAUACCCCUGGCUGCCCCUGAUCGGUUUAAUAAUCGCCAUCGCGGGUGGUCUCAUCAGACUCUCCUGUUAUCGCGCAUUAGGAAAAGACUUUAGUUUCAACGUGCUCGUCACCGAAUCUCCGUCCGACAAACUCGUCACGUCCGGCCCGUACUCUCUCAUCCGACACCCUUCGUACACGGGCAUCAUUGCACUUUCAGCAGGGUUGAUUAUGUAUUUUCUUUCUCCCGGAUCAUGGAUUCGGGAAAGCGGAUUACUCGAUCAUCCGUUGGGCCGGACGGUGAUUUAUGUAUGGGUGGUUGUGGUGAAUUAUGUGAAUGUGAUGCUGAUUAUGAGGACGCCGGAGGAGGAUAGACAAUUGCAGAGGAAGUUUGGGGAGGAGUGGGAGGAGUGGGAGAUGAAUGUGAGGUCCAAGUUGGUUCCGGGAGUAUAUUAG